GAGAGAGAGAGAGAGAGAGAGAGAGGGGUUAGGAGCGCAGGAGCACGCAUCUCCUCUCCAGAUGGUGCUUUAAACGCAGACAGAAGGGUCAUUAGACAGCACACCAGCUUCCAAACCACUGACAACAAAACAACAAGAUAAACCAAAACGCGAGAUGGUGCACAGAGAAACAGCAUCAGUGAGCUGGAGAUACGAAUAAUGUUUUUAACGGAGCGGUUUUGCGCGUUCAAUGUGAGGGGAGUUCGCGGUGAACAGUUACUGGAGUAUUAACGCGAAGAUCUCCGAAACCCUCCGUCAACGAAUCGUUUGCGGAGAAGAGGACUUUUUGAAGGAUUUACCACAGACAAUACGGUUUCCACUGCACUUCUGCUUGGUAAACGAAGCACUGGUGACGAUAUUAAAAAUCUGUUUAUCCGACACGAGGAAUCCUGGACAUCUACUGUGGAAUACGCAAUAUAAAACGCACCAAGAACGCGCGAUCCGAAUGGAAGGACUUUGUGAUUUUUGGGGGUGAAAUCGAAGCAAACUUUUUCGCCUCUCAGUGCAUUUUUAUGAAGACAUUUGUAAAGGAACGUGAUACCAAAGUCUCGCUACUUUAAUACUAAAGCUCCGCUGUUUUUGCUUUUCGUGCGAUAGAUAUAUUUUCCUGAAAUUGAAUUACCUCAUCAUUUUUUUACUACCACGUAAAACCAACAUCGCGUGCAAUCCAAAGGAGUUCAGGACUGUUUUCUCUCCCAAAACCUCUUCGAUAAACGGCAUAUUUAUGAUUUUCAGUCAUUUUGGAAAGUUGCCGUUUCGACGAGGAUCGAGGCGUAAUAAUCGCCGUUGAUUUCUGCGAUAUUUUGCGCGUGGAUUAUUUUUGGCUGCAAACACUUCAGUUUGACUUCGACCUUCACAAAGUAGCCCUGCACGGAAGGCUGAAACGAUGCCCGAUUCACCUGCUGAUGUCAAAACCCAGCCCAGGUCGACUCCGCCCACAAUGCCACCUCCACCCCCUGCUGUCAGCCAGGCAGGCAAUCGCACCGCAUCCUUCACGCCCACAACAAUGUUGAAUGGGAGCAGUCACUCUCCGACGGCGCUCAACGGAGCUCCCUCCACGCCCAACGGCUUCAGCAACGGGCCGGCCACCUCCUCCACCGCCUCCCUGCCCACCCAGCAGCUGCCCCCCGCGUGCGGAGCCCGACAGCUCUGUAAGCUCAAGCGGUUUCUCACCACGCUGCAGCAGUUCGGCAACGACAUCUCGCCCGAGAUCGGGGAGCGCGUCCGGAGUCUGGUGCUGGGGCUGGUGAACUCGACUUUAACCAUCGAAGAGUUUCACUCCAAGCUUCAGGAGGCCACCAACUUUCCCCUCCGGCCCUUUGUCAUUCCAUUCCUAAAGGCUAACCUGCCCCUCCUGCAGAGAGAGCUUCUUCACUGCGCCCGGAUGGCCAAGCAGACCCCAGCGCAGUAUCUGGCCCAGCACGAACAGCUCCUGCUGGACGCCAACGCCAGCUCGCCCCUGGACUCCUCCGAGAUCAUGCUGGAACUCAACGAGCACGGCAAGAGACGCACGCCGGACAGGACCAAAGACGGCGCAGGUGACAGAGACGGCCUGCAUGUGGAACAUCUGGCCAAACGGCCGUGCACGGUGAGCCCCAGUCAACGCUUCAGCCCCAGCAGCGGCCUGCCGGCUCACCCCCCACCCAACGGCCUGUCAUCGCACCCACCCAACGGCCUGCCGCAUCCCAACCCUCCGGCCCCGCAGCAUUACCGGCUGGAGGACAUGGCCCUGGCGCACCACUACAGAGACGCUUACAGACACGCCGAGCACAGGGACGCUCGGGACCGCCACAGACAGACAGCGGUGCACGGAACACGUCAAGAGGAAGUGAUCGACCAUCGGCUUACGGACCGCGAGUGGGCCGAGGAAUGGAAGCAUCUCGAUAACCUGUUGAACUGCAUCAUGGACAUGGUGGAGAAGACGCGGCGUUCUCUCACCGUGCUGCGACGCUGCCAGGAGGCUGACCGCGAGGAGAUGAACCACUGGAUCCGUCGCUAUAGCGACGUGGAGGAUAUGAAAAAAGGUGGGAGCUCCGCCCAGCGGCCUCCUCCUCUUCCUCCCCACCACAACUCUUCCUCCUCCAACACUCCUAACAGCAGCGACACGCAGCCGCUAGAUAUCCACAGAGAUUUCCUACACCGGCCGGCUUCAGGCUACCUGCCUGAGGAGAUCUGGAGGAAGGCGGGUGCCACGAGUAUCCAGCUCACGCCUGCACUGAAGCAACUGCAAAACAAGCAGGAAGAAGCGGUGAACGAGGUCAAGAGGCAGGCCAUGUCUGAGCUGCAGAAAGCCGUGUCGGAUGCCGAGAGGAAAGCGCACGAGAUGAUCUCCGCCGAGCGUUCCAAGAUGGAAAGAGCAUUGGCCGAUGCCAAGAGACAGGCAUCGGAGGAUGCGCUGACCGUCAUCAACCAACAGGAGGACUCUAGUGAAAGCUGCUGGAACUGCGGUCGCAAGGCCAGCGAGACGUGCAGCGGGUGCAACACAGCACGCUACUGCGGCUCCUUCUGCCAGCACAAGGAUUGGGAGAAGCACCAUCACUUAUGCGGCCAAGGCCUGCAGGGUCUCCCCGGCAACAGCAGCGUCCCGCUCGGGACGCCAUGCACCACCUUGUCCAGCGCUCCCCCCACUCACUCCGAGAGCACCCCGCCAGGACCGCACUCUCUGGUCGGGCAAACCAGCGGCAGUCCCAAGGAAGCGAGUUCCAGCAACGUCUCCCGCUCGACCACGCCAGCCACGCCCGCCCUGAUGGAUUCCUCGUCCCGUUGACUGACCCCAACCCCGCCCAGCCACGUCUACUGCUGCUAUGGCAUCCUUCAUCCGAAACAGGCCGAGGAAAAUCCAUCAUACUUAGCCCUUCUCUCGACACAUCGACCUGGCGACUCAAGCUUUCUCCAUCUCUAAAAGGACUCAAGACUUAACAAACCGUUGCUCACAAUGAGAUCUCUUGUGAUAAGUUCAACACAAGCAGGGUCUGUUUUAUCGGAUGCCACCAAUAGUCACAUUUUAUUAGCGCAUAAGGCACUGACAGUUUUCGACACGGCCUCUAUAACAUGCCCUUUAAGUGAGGAAUGCUCUGCGCUCAUGGGGCGGCACUGUGUUGUGAACACUUCCCAACGUGGGAUUUUUGGAAACGACUAAAGCACACGGUUUGGAUUCCUCCGAACGAACUAACCGGCAGCUGUCGACAUCACUGUGGGACGAGAGCACGCCGCCCCUCAGAAACUCUUCCAACGCAGAGCUACUUCCUCCCAUUCUUUGCAGCAUUUUUGGCUUUAAAUACAAUGAAAGAAAAUCCAAACUAAAAACGCAAUGAUGAGAAUAGCAUUAAACCUGUUAACUACCUUGCUAGCGAGCCAAGAAAACCUACACCAGACUCACCUCUCUGUACUGACGUGAACCCAAAUGAAUUUCAAAUGAAAAAAAAAAACGUGAUCCAAACCUUUUUAUUACACUGCCAAAGUUACGAAGAAGCACUCAUCUUGUAACCAAACGCAAACGACUUCACCUCUUCAGCAGUUGAGCCAGUUUCGCAGGCCGUGUUGACCGGACGCUCGAACCGUGAACUCAAGCGCAGAUCCGACGCAGGAGGAUCGCAGCCUGAACGUUGAAAGCGUCGUGAGAACAGAAGAGGCACGGAUGAGUACACGUAAAGGCUUGAAACGGCAACGAAGCUGCCGUUAACCUCAACGGAUCGUACACUAAGACGUUUGGUUUUCCUAAAGCUCUCUGACUGCUGAGACGUUUCAUUUCGUCGUACGACGUUCCCUCUUUUUCCAAAGCAUGACGAGACUCUCACGAGACGGCCAUAGACUCGGUUCUCUUUUCUGUCGCUUUCUCUACCUCCCCCCAUGUCGUGUAUCGCUUUUGUCUCCUCCGAGCAGAUAUUCGUGAAGGGAUCAAACAUCGCUUGUAGAUAUUUCUUUCUGUUUCUGGAUGUCUCUGUCUUCGAUAUCUGCUUGUGUGUGCGUACUCCAGUCGAGGAACGCUACUCUUUCACUUGUCUUCUUUUAGGUUUUCGCUAAGCAUCGGACAAAAAAAGGAAGAGAAGCUGUGUUGUACCUAACGUUGGAUUUGUUGUAUCGCUAUCGACGAUGAGAAUCCUCAUGUAGAAUACUUUAUAUCGCUCGCAUUGUAAGACAGUGAGAGAGUGGAGGUGCAAUAUGAAAAGAGAAUUCAGCUACUGAAUGGAACCUCAAAAACGGCCCUUAGGGUACCAUAUUAAUAUAAAUAUACAUAAUAUAAAUAUAUCUGAAAUUACCACAGUAAAUUAAUGUGAAUGUACAUAGUAUUUAAAAAAAAGGAGGUCCAAAAAUGAGUUUGCCAAAUAACAGAAACCUUUAAAAGUAUAAUGUCUAGAAUUUAAUUUCUCUCCAUUUAACCUUUUCUGUCUGAAUCGAAGCAGUUGUAACUACAGUGUGCAUUUUACGAAGCCUGUCGAGCGGGCGUGAUCCGGAUUAGCGGACGAGACGUUCACAUUACCGCUGAUCUGGAUUACUGCCCCGGGGGGUGUUUUGUAGCGACACUUACCCAGCACACCCCUGUUCCCAGACUCAAGAAGUGGCUUGUACGAAUCUGUAUGAAACAUCGCCAUCCUUUGGGCCAAAAUGUCACCGCAGUGGUCCAACACAUCAUUCGCACACGCAAACAACUAACCAAACCGUCGAAUGUUCGCGGUCCAAGAGUCAAGCCAGAAUCAAGCUAACACUUUGAUUUGUGCACGUACGUCUCAUUUGGCCAUGUCGUGUGUGUACAUAAGAGUAGCUGCUUAACGAAAUCCCCAGUGACACGCCAGUUCCUAUUGGUCAGUUACGAAUUUCAACUUGCUACUUUAAAUAUGAAUGAUGAGAUUUUGCGUACUGAACGCAUGACGCACCUCUGAUACGGACCAAACUUUAAAGACGAAUUGCUCAUUGUAUCUCGAAGGUGUUUGAUGCUAACUGACAUUGGAUUUCUAAAGUAAUGUUUGAAAAUAACAGCUACACAAGACCUUGCAGUUCGUCUCAUUCUCUCUCCCUGCAUUUUGAUGAGUUUACCCAUUCUCUUUUCCCACUAACUACCUCCUGUGAACUAGUCCACGAGAGCCUGACGUGCUCGGAGAAUGACAUCACUAGAAGACAUGCAAACCCAGACAACCAUCCUAAACUCACGCAGAUCAUUCAAAAACACGCGACAUGCUUUUUGUUCGACCCAAAUCGUACACAUCCCUCUAUAUACAGUAGGUAUCGUUCAAACUGAUCAGAUGUUUUCAAACAUACUCGACGAACAAGCACACGAACGUGAAUACUUUAUAAAGUAUGUAAGCGUGUGCAUACUUUAACUUUCUUUCGAGUUUCCUUCGCAUGUCUGUGCCAUGAGAUCAGAUGUGUUAUUAUUCAAGGCUACAGCUGUAAACACGCAGCAAGAUUCAAUUGAAAAAUUGCUUUAUAAGGAAGAAGACUUGGGCUUGGGUAACAAAAGCGUUCGUGUUUGCAUACGUUCGCAGAGCAUGUUUUUAUCCCUGUGAGUUUUGUUUUAGGUGUAGACAUAAACAUAUUUCAUGUAAUACAUAUCCAAAAUGACGAAAAGCACAGACCAAAGCAGAACCGCACAUUCACAGAUCCAUCACAGAAGCUGUCAGAACAGAUUGUGGCAUACUGAAAUCGGUGGCCGACUGUGCCCAUAAACCAAAGCAUACAACAUAACUAUGUUCAAAGCACAAGAUGAUAGCAAACACAUAAGAAACAAGAGUCGUACCAUUAAUCCAAGCCAGGAGUGGGCUUGAACACGUAAAUCCAAAGCAUCCAAUCCAAUUGCUUGUAACUUUAAGCCAGCCUCAAAGAUUUCAUCGUGCGAAUGACUGAAUGCAUUCGCUUACUAUUCAUGAUUUCGCUAGAGAAUUUACUUGAAUCUCAUGAGCUUUAAAACAACAUCAUUGGCAAAGUCAUGGCACAGAAAGUCGUUUUGCAUGUCUGCUAGGAAAGACUUUAAAUAUUUGGCCAUUCCGUUUCUAACCAAAAUCAAACCAAAUAGGAGAACUUGUGGAUGUCACUGUGUACUGUAUCUGAGGUUCUUUGGCCAUCAUUCUCCAAGCACAUCUGUGGGCCUCUGGAUUCGGUCAUUUGGUCACGUCGAUGGACACCUGUUGGACAGCCGCUACGUUCAUUACAUGACACCGUGGGAGAGAGAGAGAAAACAUCUUUCACAUCCACAAACACACUGACUGGUCAUGGGUAAAAUGGGUCUCGGCUGUAGUUACGAUCUGUUCCACUCAAAAGCUUUGCUGAAAAUAACAUGGAAGUCAUGAUGAAGGUUGUGUUGGUUUACUUUGGUGGUUUUGUGCACUUGUCAACUGGUUAUGCUGGGAGAUCAGCCAAACCAUUCUAAAUCACUUAAGACCAGCAAACCUAAGCAGUUUUUUAUCAAAUAUUUUUUGUUAUAGUUUAUGAAUAUUAAAGCCGUAGCAUAAGUGUAAAGUUAAAAAUUUCAUUUUAGGGACCGCAGUAAAAAACUCAAGUUGGACUGAAAAUGGCUACACUCGAAGACAAAGACUUGGUUCGAUGCAUUUCGGCAAACGUUAUAUACUGUACUGUGCAAUACAUCAUUACAGGCAAAGGCAUUGUUUCUGUAGGAAAGGUUGGUUUGCUGAAGAAAAUGUUGAUUCGUUUUUCUCUUUUAAAGUCCUGUUAUCAUUCUAGAUGAUGUGUACUGUGCCAGGAGAGUUUUAUUUAUUUCUUGCAUGCUCUUUAAACCUCUUUUGCAAUGCCCCUCACCCUCUUACUGUGCGCAUUGUUGGUCAUGUGACGCUGUAAACAUUCUGAAUCAGGUUAUUGUCUGUGAUACGUAUCUGUGUAAUUAAAAAGACAGUGAA